CCCAUUCAUUUAGAUCUUGUUGGUUUGUGGUGGGCCAGGCAUGUAUGUCGGAUUUGGAAUUUGCUUUAACAUUAGAGGUGCUGACUACGCUGUGCUGUGAUCAUGUCUGGGGUGUUAGCAAGGGUACUGUUUUAUCCCACAUUAGCGUAUAAUGUUGUCAUGGAAAAAGUAUCCUCAAGACGGUGGUUCAAUCGCGUGGAUCAGACUGUCAUUCUAGGAGCCCUGCCUUUCAAAUCAAUGACUAAUGAGCUGGUGCAGACAGAAAAUGUCAGGGGUGUAAUAACCAUGAACGAGGAAUAUGAAACAAAGUACUUCUGCAACUCAGCUGAGGAGUGGAAAGCCGAGGGGGUGGAGCAGCUGCGACUCAGCACAGUGGACCUGACCGGUGUGCCCAGUCUAGAGAACCUGCACAGAGGAGUGGAGUUUGCACUCAGUCACCGGGAAAAGGGCUCCAGUGUGUAUGUCCACUGUAAGGCUGGACGCUGUCGCAGUGCUACACUAGCUGCUGCAUACAUCAUAAGGAUACACUGCUGGAGUCCAGAGGAAGCAUGUCAGAUGUUGUCCUCUGUCCGACCACAUGUAAUAAUUCGUUCAUCACAGCUGGAGAUGCUUCGGCGGUACCAUCAGCAAGUCUGUGGCGGGGGUUCCAUUUAAGAGUGAGGCUGCCAGCAUACUUAUUGCACUUAUACAGAAACUGUAAAUUUAGCGUUGUCAAGGCGAACAAUAUGCUGCUUGAAGGGAUUUUUGACCUUGAGCUCAUUCUUUUACAUAGUUUUGUUACUCAACUGGAUCAAGUGUAUAUUGUAUAAUUCUCAAAUGUUGUAUAAUUCAAGUGUCAUCACAGCUCAUCAGAACAUAGGGUAUAAUAAAUUGCCAUCCCAAUCAAAGUACUGACAGGUGGGUGAAGGGGGUGUAUUUAAAAGCAUGUUUCUACAGAUUUUUUUUCUUCCUUAAUUAGGACAUUUGAUUACAAUUUCCAAUUUGUAAGUCGCUCUGGAUAAGAGCGUCUGCUAAAUGACUUAAAUGUAAUGUAUGUAAAUGUAAGAAAAUUAGUGAUAUUUCCGUUGGUACUAAUUUCACUGAUCAUUUGAUAGUAUUCUAUAUGGGUUGUAAAAACUUAUUGGAAAAUAAUUAUAUUAUUAUAAAAGGAUAGCUAUUGAAACAUAAUCCAUUGAAACAUAACCGGAGUGAACACUUGGCCUAAUUGUCUGGAAAGCCCAGGUUGAAAUGAGCGUUUGAAUCAGGAAAGGUUACUCUCACGACCUCUACAAACCAUGUUGAAUAAAGUGAUAUGUUAACGUA